AUGGCAGAGAGGUUAUUUAUAAAGAGGACUAAUUGUAAAGAAUUUGAGAAGAAAAUCAUAAAUAUGAAGCAGAAAAUAUAGUUAUCAACUCAAAACAGGAUAGCCAGGGAAAACCUCCUCAGACAAAAAUUACAAGGAAAUAUGUAGGAAGCUUAAUUACAAAUAAUACUUCAUCAAGGAACAAGAUUACUUAUGCAACUGAACACAAUAAGUCGAAGGAGGAAGACAAGGACUGUACUAAGGGUAUACUGCUCCGAAGAUCGCUAGCCCAGACUCCUCCUUUUUUCAAAUAAGGAAAGAGAUAAAGAGGGAUCUGAGUGCAUAGCUGACUCAGAUAAAUGAUUUUAAAUAAACCAGUCAUAAUCAAAUUAGGAUCGAAGCCUCCAAUUAAUCGACGUAUUAAUGAAGAGAAGUACCCUAUUCCUAAGGUAACACCUAAGAAUGGUCAACCCAUUAAUCCGACUAAUCCAGAAGCAAAGGUUAUUAAGGCUAAAUCGUUGAUACAUAAACCUCCCUCAGCCUAUAGAAAUCAAGGGACACCAUUGAGUUCUUACUUGAUGGUGCAAACAAAUGAGAGUAUCCCAGAUAGUGUGAGCACAAAGACAAUGUCAAAGACGAGAGCUAAGACUGAAGGGAAGCUGGAUAGUAGGCUUAUAAGAAGGACACAAGGAUCGGGAUCUUCCUCUCAAGCUUCAGCAAUGAACAAAUUUUUGUACAUCGAAAAUUCGAACUCAGGCAUUCCAAUGAGUUAUCGGGUUAAUAAUGAAAGUUCUAUCACUCCGUAUGCCCAACAAUCACAGAAUGAGCCUACAUCUGAUGAGAAAUAAGAGAAAGUUAGUGAGUAAGAGAGUGACUACCAGUCACAAUCGUUCUCGGCCUAUGAGUUACACUUUCCAUCAUCCUACGCAAAGCUCUUCUCAGCGGCCAUAUCAACCCAAAAUUAUGGGUUCUCAUAAGCUUAAGGAGAGUACUCGGAAUGAUAACAUUUCUCGUCCGAGCUCUCGCAGAGCUCGAGCGAAAGAAACCUCGAGAGAUUUGACUAAGCGUAUGAAAAGAGCUGAGACAGUGACCCCAUCAUCUAAGAUAUCCAUUCCUGAUCCUAAGAUUAAGCUGAGAAAGGAAUUUAAUGACAUGAACUCAUUGAAGUACCACAUCAGUAGCGGAAAAAUCGAAAAGGAAUAUACAAUAAGUUCUACUGUCUUGGGCACUGGUAGUUAUGCUGUCGUCAAGCUGGGGGAAUCUAUUGUCCCUCCUGGAGAGAUCUCCAUCCAGGUCGCUGUGAAGAUCUAUGAGAAGAACAAAUUGUUCACGAAUAAACAUCGGAGGCUUAAUCUAUAUAACGAAAUUACAGUUUUAAAAGCUCUGGGCCAUCCGAACAUCAUCAAGCUGGUUAAGGUAUUUGAAGACCGGAGUAAGAUCUAUCUCGUACUUGAAUACGUCAAAGGAAUGUCUCUUUAUAAGUACAUAAAGGAGAAAUCAUCCCGUAUUGGAGAACAGGAGGCUGGUCUCAUUUUCAAAGAGAUCCUCAAGACUCUUGCAUAUGUUCAUAAGAGCGGUAUUGCUCAUCGAGACGUCAAGUUAGACAACAUCCUGGUUACGAAUGACCAACUCGAACCUGAAAAUCUGGAUCUUCCAGUGAAAGGAAUUAAAGUAAUAGACUUUGGGUUUGCAUUGAAGUACACUAAAGGCGAAAAAUCCAGUACAUAUUGAGGUACGCCUUCCUAUAUGGCACCUGAAAUCAUCAAAAGGGUAGAAUUCGACUAUGAAAAAGGGGAUGUAUGGGCUCUCGGAGUUGUAUUUUAUGCUUUAAUCUGUGGGAAAUUCCCAUUCAAAGGAAUUACCAAUCGAGAUUUGUAUAAUAAAAUCAUCAAAGGAGAUUACACCAUCUCAAAGAAGUUCAAUAUGGACACUAAAAGGUUGUUGUGCAAAAUGCUUGAAUCUGAUUUUAAGAAAAGAAAAACUUUCUAUGAGCUUACUCAGGAUGAUUUUGUAGCUGAUAAAUCAGAAGCAGCUAAAAUUGAGGAGCUAAAAAGACGAAAUUAUCAGCUCAAGAAAGUUUACACAAAGACCAAAGGGAAAGUUUUAGGUAAGAUUGAAGAGAUGCAGAAGAGCAAUGUUACGAAGUUCUUCAAAUAA